GAUGCGAGGAAAAGUGGAAAAUCGAAUGAUUGAUGCAUUUGUAAAACGGAUAGUUAGCUAUGUUCCGGUCGCUGCUCGCCAAGUAUUACAGCAAAACGUAUCAGAAUCGCAGGAUUUCAGCUUAUAGCGUGCAUUUCCCUCCUACGCGCGAGGCAUAAGGCGGCCUGAGGGGGGUUAGUGAUACGGUUGAAUUUUCGCUAGCUAAUUUGGCUAGCCACGCUAACGCGAGCUGGUUAGCUUUGUUUACAUCAAGUGCGCGCCUGGAAUAUGUUAGCUAGCUGCUAACCAAACAAAUGUGCAGUCUGAGGAGCAACUCGUCGUUCAAUUAGGCAUCGACAAGGUGACGGUAUUGGAUAUUAAAUGGGCUCUAUGGCUAGCAUCGACCAUCUCUCGUUUAAAACGUUACGCUGAUGGCGUAAGCUAACGCUAGCUACACAAUGCUAACCUUUUGAUGAUGGAUGGUUUGAUUAUUUGAUUCAUCGCUAGCUGAUAGGCGGCGUUAGGGAUAAUGUGAGUACUCAUAACACAGGGUCUAAUUGGUCCUGAUUAACAAAAGUUUAAAUUGUGAUCUGAUCAUUUUGGUGACUACUACGAACCGGUGAUGCUAACUCUAGCUAGCCGCCCGCCGAGCUAACGUUGUGCGCGUUCUGUUAUACCCGCUUCAGCAUGUUCGUUGUCUGUUAUUGUGUCUAUUAUUAAUUCAUGUGCCUGCAUUGACACACUGGAGUGACUGAUUGUUGCUCAGCCAGGCCAGUUUAUAUUUCCUACAACCGCCCUGAGACUUGGCUAUCAUUAGCUCCGUCGCAGCGAGUGGCUGGAUUUUUUCCCGGGCCGUUUUUCCCCGAAGCUGCGGAGCACACCGCUAUGAACCCCGUGAAUGCAACCGCUCUGUACGUGUCCGCCAGCCGGGCCGUGCUGCAGUGUGACCCGCGGCAGCCUCACAGCUUCGCAGACAUGUACACGCUACUGCCCUUCUUCAGAGAGUCCCUUGCAUGCCUCGUCUGUGGUAAACUGCUCCAGGAUCCCAUUUCCCCAACACAUGCAGAGUGUCAGCAUUAUGUCUGCUUGGGCUGUAAAGGCCAGAAGAUGCAGAUAAGGCCGUCGUGCAGCCGCUGUAGGGACUACUCCUGCUUCCAGGAAAACAAACAGCUCUCUUUGCUGGUGCAGUGCUACAGGAAGCUUUGUCUCUACGUAACUCAUUCACCGUUGCUGCAGUCAAUCAGCAGCCAUGUAGGAGGGUCCCCAGAGAUUAUGGCCUUGCUUGAUGAAGUGCUGAUGUCACAUGAAGAGGAGAUGGAGACAGAAGACCCAAGUCUAGCACAGGAAGAUGUGAAUCCAUCUGCCCCUGAAUCCCUCACCCCCACAGAGGCACCACCUGUUCCUACCGAGCUCUCAGCUGUGCCCCAGAGCUCGUCCUCUGACCCUCCCUGUUCCAAUGGACCACAGGAAUGCAAUGGAGAAGUGCUGGAGGACCUGGAUCCCUCUUCUCCAGAGCUGGAAGUAUGCGAGCUGGUAGAGGAGCAGCCACAGGCAGGCCUGUCUGUGUCCAAUACUGGUUGUGGUGGUCUGGAACUGAGUCUGACCACUGGACCUUUAGCCCCAACUCCAGGCACUGUGUGCUCACUCAGGGAUGGGGAAUCUAGCAGCAGGGAGCUGGAGGAGGGGGAGGUGUUGCUCCUAAGUGUGGAGGAGGUGUUACAGACUUUGGAUCCCCUUCAGCCCGGUCGAGAUUCUCCACAUUCACAGCCAGAACGAAUACACACUCACGCACACAUCACCACGGACAGAGCACACGCUCAGAUGUACCUACAGCUGGAUGCAGCUCACAACUACACACAGAUUCAAACAGACAGGACUAACACAGUGGCAAGUCAUGGUGCUCACAUACACACAUCCUCCUUCGAUCCUCCUCCAACCUCCAAGCCCCCGCCGGUCCGCCUUAAACGGAAACGUUCUCGUUCAGAGAGUGACAGGGAAAAGGUGAAACCCCUCCCUAUCGCCUCCAUCCUACAGGGCCCCUCCUCACAUAUACACACUCCAAACCCCCCUCAGACACUUCACAUACAACCACCUACGCCCUCCUUAACUGUACCAGCACACACAUACUCAUCCCUUCCUAACGGGGCAGCCCCCAAGCCCAGUCGCCCCGCACCAAAUCACAACAAAGGUGCCAGAAAGCAUGUUGAUCCGGGCCCUAAGAAGCCCCAUGCGAAGGCCCGCAGCAGUGGAGGGUCCAAGACCAAGGACACAAGCAAAGACCAGCGGUUGAUGUCUGGCUGCCUUGUGCCCCCGGCACCUGUUCGCCCUCCGUAUAAGAAACCAGUGGAGAAGAAGGGCUGCAAGUGUGGCAGGGCUACCCAGAAUCCAUCUGUGCUGACCUGCAGGGGGCAGCGCUGUCCCUGCUACUCAAACCGCAAGGCAUGCUUGGAUUGUAUCUGUCGAGGUUGUCAGAACUCCUACAUGGCCAACGGGGAGAAGAAGCUUGAGGCCUUUGCCGUGCCGGAAAAAGCCCUGGAACAGACGCGGCUCACGCUCGGUAUCAACCUCACCAGCAUCACGGCAGCCGCGGCACUCCGCAACCCAGCAACCACCAGCAUCCGUGCUAACACCCUUCUCAACGUCGCCACAGCCACGGGGACCCCUGUAACCACGGCCUUCCUGUCCCCCAGUCCCCCACAAGACCCCAACUAUGAGGACAGCCUGGAGCUGCUGAUUGGAUGAGAGGCUGGGACUCCAAAACAAACAGCUCGAUGCUGACUGAAUGUGACAGCUGAUUAUUGUGUCUGUCAGACAACCUGUACCUCCCCCCUUCCAGAGGGGAGGCAAAUCUAAGGCAGCUAUGGGUCUGUCCUGUUCUGUAACCUGCUCUUCUUCUGUGUUGGAAAAUGCUGAGUAGUAAGACUAGCAUGGGUGUGCCAAAGCCUCCUGUUUUGUGCCUGUGUGCCGGUGUGUGUUGUUGCCUGUCUGUAGUUAAACUCUUAUACUCGGUUCCAAGGCUGUUCUUUACUCCAGAGGUGCUUUUUGUUCAUAGACCACAGACAUACUGUAAGAGGCAAUAGGAACCCAUACCAGGUUUUCUGUUUGUUAGUGUGUGCGCACAAUUAUAGAUUUCAGUGUGUGAUUUUUGGUGCAUAAUGAUAACAAAAGCAGCAGCGUCAUAUCUCAGUCACUUGUCACAUAGGGCUGGGUGUCGGUAAUCUAUACAUUUAAGACGGUGACCAAAAUAACUUGUUUUUUGGAGGGGCAUCUUUUGAAUGCCUGUGUGUCCCUUUGUAUUGUUCUGUGUCCCCUCUCUGAAAUCUGAGGUUUUUGCAGGUCAGUGGACGCAGCACAGGUAGAGCUCUCCGCUGCAGUUUGUCAGCUGUGGAAUGGAUAAUAGAUCUGCUGAUCCAUUCAGAGCAGAUCUGAUCACAUUGAUGGAUGAGAGAAGCUUCAUUUUUUAAGUUAAAGCAGACUUUUAAACCCAGCAGAGUUUCACUUUCAGUGCAACUGACAUUGUGCGACACCGUCUCUGCCCCAGGUGUGCUAUAAUCAACCAAACGGUAUAUAUAUUCCAAUAGUGCUCCUAACAGUCCACCAUCAAAAAAAUAAAUGUGUUGGAAGCCCAGCCUUGAUCAAAAGCAGUGUGAUGCUAACAGUUAGCCCUGAGUGUGUGCAGCGGGGAGGACUCACAACAGUCCCAUGGUGGAAAGGUCACAUUUGGAAGCAGCAGGAGCUUCAGUUUCUUUGGUCACCAGACAUCACUGCUACAUUCAACAAAAUAGAAAUGUCUAACAAUUUUGGUGGACAGUAGAGCUGUUUUGAAGGCGAUAAAGAGAGAUGUUAUGUCGGGUGCCAAAUAAAAGCCCAGACUAACACGUUUUACCAUAAACUUGCCACGCUAUUCACAUAAGUAUUGAAUGAAGAACCUUAUUGGUAUCAGUAUCAACUUAAAGGUACUUUCAUUAUAAUUUUUUUCAACGAUACCCAGCCCUACUGUCAGCAUUUUCCAUGUUUGAGUGUUGUUCCGUGUAUGUUUAACAAAUGCAUAUUUGGCAUCAGGACGACCCUUACUAACCUUGUAUGUGCUUACACCUUAAUUGUGAAUGAAUCUUGUGACUAAUCUAAGUUAAGUCCCACACAAGACUUUAUGCCUUUUUUCAAUCUCAUUAACUCACUCGAUCCAAGUACUGUCGGCUGAUUCUGAAUUUGUCUUAAUGAACUUGACUGAUGCAGGCAUUGUACAGGCAGCGAGAUAAUGUCAGAGCACUUGGCUGGCUCCACGGUUUCUGUACAUGAAAGUGUGUGUGUGUGUUUUUGUUUGUGUGUGUGCGUGUGUGUGCGUGUGCGCGCCUGCUGAGAUUUACUGUAAUGUCAGUGGGGAGGCGGAUGGUGGGCUGUAAGCACUUAGUCUGAUUGAUUGGCCAAAUUACAACAAAAAUCAUAGCAAUAGGAGCACCAACAAGGAGCCUCCCAGCUCUCGUGCACAUACGCAGUUGUUUACAGUUUUGCCAUUUCUAUAGACUAUAACUGACUGUCUUCUAAAAUAAAAUGCCGUUACAGUUUGAUUAUGGGAUUGUACAUGACUGUGCGUGUGUUUAGAUAAACUGAAGCCAUAGGUUGUCAUUAACAAGACAAAAUAUCCUUUGCGUGUGCAUUUUCUCCCCCCAGUUGUAGUGUCCUGACUGAUUAGUGACCAACUCAGAGACUAUUUUUGAUACCAAGUGUUUCAGAUUUGGUACCACUGUCUUUUCUGUGUGUGUUUUUUGGUUAAAGCACCUUGAAGCCCUCCUAUAACUCGAGAGGCUGUGUGUCGUCUGUGUUUGUGUCUACUGUCUCAGCUGUAACUGCAACAUGUUUGUCAGUCCAGUCGCGGUGACCAAAAAAAAAAAAAAAAGACUGAAGGAGAGUGGGAGGACUCAGGCUGACCAAACAAACACCUAUGUUCUCAACUCAUACCAGGAAGUAGCAGGUGGAUUUCAGUAAUAUGAUCUAUCUUCCUGCUUGCGUUUAUGUUCAAAAUGUAUUUCUUUUGGGCAUUACUUGAACCCUGAUUAGUUUUUGGUAAUGUUUUUUUUAUGUUAAAACUCUUGUUUGAGGAGUGACUUAUUAUUGCUGAAACAUUCACUGCCAUAAUAUGGAAACAUGUAAUACAACAUGAAUUAAAUGAUAGUUUUUUA